CCUGCCAAUCCCAUAGCUUAUUGGAGAGUUGGAGUGAGUAAAUGUUAGGUAGAGCGAUGGCUUUCAACGGCUUCUUAAAAUAAUAUAUCAUAUAUCAUCCACAAAAUUCAGCCAAAGCUAGCAUUUAGCCAUGGCCGCCGUCCUUUACUUAUCCAUUUCUCUCGUCUUUCUUGUUCUAGUUUUGAACUUGUGUUUACGAUCAAAAACAAAAUACAGAAACCUCCCUCCAAGCCCACCUUCUUUUCCAAUUAUCGGCCAUCUCCAAUAUCUUCGUAGACCACCCAUACACCGCACUCUUCACAAACUCUCACAAAAAUACGGUCCAAUAAUCUCCCUCUGGUUCGGAUCCCGCCUAGUGGUAAUCGUAUCUUCAUCCUCACUCGCUGAGGAAUGCUUCACCAAACACGACACCAUCUUCGCCAACCGCCCUUUGUUACUCACAGGCAAACAUAUAGGUUACAAUAGCUCGACCUUGGUGGCUGCACCCUAUGGCGACUACUGGCGCAACCUUCGACGCAUAUGUACACUCGAAAUCUUUUCAUCCAACCGUCUUAAUUCGUUUUCAAACAUUCGAAAAGACGAACUAAAGCACUUGCUGAAAACGUUGUCCAAUAAUUCGCUCCACGGCUUCGCAAAGGUAGUGUUGAGACCAUUGUUGACUGAGUUAACGUUUAAUAAUAUUAUGCGAAUGAUUUCAGGGAAGCGAUACUAUGGUGAUGACGUGAGUGAUAAUGAAGAGGCAAAGAAGUUUAGGAAACUUAUAGCAGAGGUAACGGAAAAUGGUGGGGCGUCGCAUCCAGUAGAUUUUUUGCCCAUUUUGGGUUGGAUGGGUUUCGGUGGUUAUGAGAAGAAGUUGGUGAAGCUUGGUAAAAAGGUGGAUGUAUUUCUCCGAGGUUUGAUAGAAGAGCAUCGAUUACAAAAGGAGACUAGAAACACCAUGAUUGAUCAUCUACUUUCUUUACAACAAUCACAACCUGAUUACUACACUGAUCAGAUAAUCAAAGGGCUUAUACUGGUUAUGCUCAUAGCGGGAACCGACACGUCAUCUGUGACAUUGGAAUGGGCAAUGUCAAAUUUGCUUAACCACCCAGAAGUAUUGAAGAAAGCCAGAGCUGAAUUAGAUGGUGUAGUUGGUGAAGAACGGCUGAUUGAGGAAGCAGAUCUUGGGAAGCUACAUUACCUUCAAAAUAUCAUAUCCGAGACCUUUCGUUUAUAUCCACCAACUCCACUUCUCCUCCCUCACAUGGCAUCUGAUGUUUGCAAGGUAGGGGGCUACAAUGUGCCACGUGACACAAUUCUAUUAGUUAAAUCAUGGGCCAUUCACAGGGAUCCAAUGUUAUGGGCUGAUUCCACAAGUUUCAAGCCAGAGAGAUUUGAUAACGGAGAAGGUGACAUUCAAAAGGUAAUGCCUUUUGGUAUGGGAAGAAGAGCUUGUCCUGGGUUUGGGCUGGGCCAGCGUUUUGUGGGCUUGACAUUGGGGGCACUGAUCCAAUGUUUUGAGUGGGAGAAAGUUGAUGAAAUAGAAAUUGACAUGAGUGAAGGAAAAGGGCUCACCAUGCCCAAAGCUCACCCAUUGGAGGCAAUGUGUAAAGCUCGACACAUCAUCAAUAAUGUCAUUACUAUUUAAAUCAUUCACACACCUUCAUUAACCUAAUACUGUAUCACAUACAUAUAUAUAGUUUAAAAAAGAAUAAUUAUACAAGGAUUUAAGUGAAGUGUGUUACAUAAUUUUAU